AUGUCACUUCACCGAACAAAGUCAUUCAUCGAGGAGGAGGCCCUCCUGACACGACCUUCCAGCCCUUUUCAGCCCGGCUCUUCGAAUGCCAAACCCACUUCCGCCAGAGAAUAUGACAUAGAACAUCCAGAUGAUGUGCGUCUUGAAAGACAGGGUCUGCUGCAGCCGACCAUGAAGGGAUACCGUGACACCGAUGAAGAGGACGAAUCCGGAGAAAUGACCAAUGUGCCACUCGGGCGAAGAGUUGGAGGGGCGAGACGUAAAAGAAGACGUAUAUACACGCUGGCAGGAGUGCUCGCCCUUUUGCUGGUCGGUGGGUUCUUUGCAAGACCUCUCCUCUCGGAUAAGCCUCCGGGAUCCAAGGAUGAAGAUGACAUAAAGGAUCCACAUGCACUUCUUUCAAAUGGUACCCAUGAAUAUCGCAAGACAGUUUUGCUUGUCUCCAUAGACGGCCUACGAGCCGACUAUCUAGAUAGAGGGCUUACUCCUCAUCUUUUGCAUAUCAGCAAACGAGGUCUUCGAGCGGAGUGGAUGAAACCGGCCUUCCCUACAUUGACGUUCCCAAAUCAUUGGGCACUGAUGACUGGUCUCUAUCCAGAGUCUCAUGGAAUAGUUGGAAACAACUUUUAUGACCCUGAGCUUGAGGCAGAGUUUGUAUACACGGACCCAAAGAGGUCGCACGACGGCAAAUGGUGGGGAGGAGAACCUAUGUGGGAGACUGCUGCAAAGGGUGGGCUGAAAGCCGCAGUCAUGAUGUGGCCUGGUCCACCAAGAACCGCUCGAGGAACAGCACCGACAUACUUUGUUGAAUUCAAUAACGACGUCAAGAUGUUUGAAAAAGUCACUCAAAUCACCAAUUGGCUGGAACUCCCCCUUGAUGACCGACCGAGGCUGAUAACUGUCUAUGAGCCAUCGCUGGAUGAAGCUGGACAUCUGACAGGACCUUCUUCCUCCCUCGUCCGGACGGUAUUGCAGCAGGUCGACGUAUUUGCCAAGGACAUACACCAAGUUCUCCUAGACCGAAACCUGACGCAUAUCGUCGAUGUCAUCUAUGUUAGCGACCACGGUAUGACUGAUACCAGUGGUCAAAGAGUUGUGUACCUCGACGAGAUAAUUGGUGAAGAUGGUGUCAACGACGUGAUUUAUGAGGAUGGCUGGCCCAAUUUUGGGCUACGCUUCGCACCAAGCGCGAAUAUAUCCCACUACUUCCAUCUCUUGCAAGAGUAUACCGUCUCUCGCCACCCUGACUCCCCCUUUGAGGUUUACACCCACGAGACUAUGCCGAAGCGAUAUCACUUCUCUAACAACGAGAGGAUUGCACCGAUAUACCUAUGCCCUCGCCUCGGCUGGAUCAUCUCUAAUCAUCACGAGGUAAAGGAAAUCUGGGGUGGCGUGGAUGGGCGCCCGAAAGGAACACAUGGAUACGACAAUGAAGAACCAGAGAUGCGCGCAAUGUUUGUCGCGGACGGACCCUUCGCAAAGAAAUCUCGCGCUAAAUUGGUAACUCAGGAUAGUUUCCAAGAGAUCGCACAGUCCUAUUUGCGACAAUUGUGGGGUCUACCGGCCACGACCUCUGCCACUGCUGCAGACAGGAUUAUACCAGGGUUCCCCAAUCUCGAGCUGUAUGGUCUCGUUACCAAGAUUCUGGGCCACAUCGACGUCCCAGAAACUCUUCUCAAGAAGAGAAAACAAAAUGAGAAGGCUAGAGAGGAAAAGCUCGCCGCUGCUGCCGCUGCCCGCAAGGUCGAUAUUCUCUCACUUGAUCACCGAAAUAGCGUGGCCAAGCGAAGAAUUCUCUUCAAGCGGGCAGAGACCUAUGUAAAGGAAUAUGUCAACCGCGAGAAGGAGGAGAUCCGCCUCAAGCGUGCUGCUCGUGCUGCCGGUGACUUCUACGUACCAGGAGAUGCCAAGCUGUACUUUGUUGUCCGCAUCAAGGGUGUGAGCAAGAUUGCACCAAAACCACGCAAAGUCCUCCAGCUUCUCCGCCUCCUCCAAAUCAACAAUGGCGUCUUCCUCAAGGUCAACAAGGCUACUGAGCAGAUGCUGAAGUUGGUUGAGCCAUACAUCACCUAUGGCGAGCCCAAUCUGAAGACUGUUCGUGAGCUGAUCUACAAGCGUGGAUACGGCAAGGUCGACAAGCAACGUGUGCCACUUUCGAGCAACGCAAUCAUUGAGCAAGCUUUGGGCAAAUACGAUAUCCUUUCCAUCGAGGAUCUCGUUCACGAAAUCUUCACUGUUGGGCCCAACUUCAAGCAGGCCUCCAACUUUUUGUGGCCCUUCAAGCUCUCGAACCCGACCGGUGGCUGGCGAACACGCAAGUUCAAGCACUACGUGCAGGGAGGCGAUCACGGAAACCGCGAGAGCAACAUCAACAAGCUCGUCAGGCAGAUGAACUGA